AUGGCGAUGUGCUGGGCUGGCGGUGCGCUGGCAUUGUUCUGCUGCUUGCUGCUUGCUGCUGGGGCUGGCACUCGGUGGACGAAGGCAAUCAUUGAACGCCGCUGGUACGAUGUGCGCAAUAUGCAUGAAAGAAAGACCGUAAAAAUAAAAACCGUCGGUCCAUAA